GUCAGGCGUGUCUUCAGGCUACGUCAUCACGCAAAGACAGCAUACGCUCAACCAAACGAAGCACGUUUGUUUAUGGCGAAUGAGUGGCAGAGCCCUACUGAAGUUGCUGACAGUUAGUGACUCCGUGCAGAAGCUCUCCUCUGCGCACAAAGAACAAAGAAACAGGGAUUACCAAAAUGUCUUCUACUGAGCCCGUCAUCAGAUCGAGACAGACAGAGAGAGAAGUCAAUGGAAUUUCUACACAGGUUGUCUGUACAGAGUUCAGCAAUUACAUAUUUGUAGUUCUCACUCAGUAUGGCAAAAUGGGGACAUUGAUUUCUGUCACACCUGACUCCAGAUCUAAUGAUAUCAGCACCCCAACAUUCUCCACCAAAGUACUGCUGGGCAAAGACGAGCCACUGACGCAUGUUUGUGCCAAAAACCUGGCAACUUUUGUGUCACAAGAAGCCGGCAACAGACCUGUCUUACUGGGACUGGCGCUCAAGGAUUCCUCCAUUGAUGCAAUAAAACAAAUGAAAGAGAUUAUAAAAAGUUGUCAAGUCUGGUAGAGGGUCAUAAUAAUGGACAUGGAGCCUUAAGGCUAGGUCAAAUACAGGCCUCUAGAUGCUCCCAAUGUCACAUUUUUCUCCUGUGUAUUUUUUUUAAAUAUAUAUAUAUAUUUUCUAAGUGCCAAUCUGUGAUUUAAAAAAAUAACC